CUUUUACGAUCCGCCCUUGUCAAACUCAUCGUCAAUUGCCGGUUCGUCGUGGUUGUUGUAUGGCACCUAGUUUAAACACUACGCAGAUCCAUCGCCGGCAUUAUUUUGUUUUUGUACCUCGUUCAAUACAUUUUUGGCAUAUUUGACUGAUGCUAACCGCACAAUUGUGCUUAAUGUCUGUAUAGUGAAUUUUCUCGUUGACAUUGCUACCACUGACCACUGUCUUUAUACGGGUAUUUCCGCUUGUCCGCAUUUAUUGCCGGCACUAAAGGUGUAUGCUAAGACGUUCGCACGCCGCGCUAGUAUUUGUAGUUUUAUUUCAUGGCCAUUAGAUAACAUUUAUCUGCUGCGCACCCACACAUUUGUGAUCCAAAAUUAUAGCCAUAAUAAGAAUGAUAAUUUUCCCUGAUUAAUUAUUCCUGACUGACUGAAAAAUGGCAAUGGAUAAUUACUAUAAGUGCAACGACCCGCAACUGAAGAGGUUUUUUCAAACUGCCACAAUUGCUGGAAAUGGACAGCUGGCGUUGCAUCCGAAAUUCAAUCCGUGUGCGGCGUUACAUUGCACCUGUUCGGCUCGAACAAGAGCAUUACCGACUUUGUUGGAGUUAAGCGAAGGAGCUGCUGAUGAGCAGCUGGCAUUUGCCUCGACAUGCUCGUUGACAAUGCCUAACAAUUAUUUCCAAUCAGCCCGAUGGGAUCAUGUUAACAACGGUCACUCGGAAACUUUACAAGUGCAUUACACAGGAUGUAUGUGUCAGAUUCACACCGGACCCUUUCCAGCUGGAGAUGCUAUUCCGGAAAUUGCCGACAUCGGAGAAACCAUUGAAGCGGACUCCAACUAUGAUCGGUUAAGUGCCUCGGGGACUUUGAAGAGUCUGAAGAAGAUUUCACCAUCUGUCAAUCGACUUGAGCGCGAACACAACAUAAUGCCGGAGAACGCCACGGCCAGCUCGCAGUAUUUGAGUGCAUCAUCGCGAAUCGCCAGUUUUUUCGCUAAGCGAUCAUUCCGCGCGGCUAAUCCACUGAAACGGACCAAGAGCGUCACGAAGUUGGAUCGCAAACCGGACCACACUGAUCUCAUGGAGCGAGCCAGUAAGAAGACCUUCCUGGCGGCUCCCUCCAGUCAAGCGUCGCGCAUCUCCCGUUCCCAUGAGUCCAUUAUCUCGGCAAUGCGCCACGGGGAACGCCUGUCCGAUGGCAGUGUACCUGUGGCUGCACGCUAUGUGGGCAUCGACAAUGAGUGGAAAUACUAUGAUUUCUUGAGGAAUGAGGACAAGGAAAAUAUGAUUUCCGGGCCCCAGCGCUGCGUCAUGGACAAUCCAAUCUCACCGCGCCGCACCGAUCACAUCUUGAAGUUGUGGCUUCAAGAAGCCAAAGGAUUGCCAUCGAAGAAAAGGUAUUAUUGCGAGGUGUAUCUCGACCAGAGCCUUUAUGCACGCACAUCGGCCAAAGCCAAGCAGGAUCUCUGUUUUUGGGGUGAACAGUUCGAAUUCACCCGCCUGCCUGUCAUCCAAACGCUAGAAGUGCAUUUGUACCGGGAGGCAGAUAAGAAGCGGAAGAAAGAGAAAUGCCAAUUGAUUGGCAAGGUGAUUGCGCCCAUUUCCGCCAUUUCCGGUGGACAAAUCACAGAGCGCUGGUAUCCUGUCAUCCUGGAACGCAAUUCCGGUGUCAAGAGUGAUGAAGCCGCCAUCCGCAUUAAGGCCCGUUAUCAGGCCAUUCACAUCUUGCCGUUGGAGAAAUAUCAUGAUCUCAUUGAAUAUUUAAAAUCCAAUUAUGUGGAAUUGUGCCGCUUUCUUGAGCCGCGCAUCGGAAUAAAAGCCAAGGAAGAAAUCGCCACCUGUUUAGUGAACAUUAUGCACAAGAUGGGCUGGGCCAGUUUAUUUUUAGUGGAUGUGGUCAUGGAGGAAUUAAAUGUUUUGGAUGACUGCCAUUUGACCUUUCGAGGCAACUCGUUAGCCACCAAGUCCAUGGAGGCUUACAUGAAAUUAGCGGGAAAUCGAUAUCUACAUGAAGCCCUUGGGGAUCUGGUUCGGGCCAUAAUGGAAUCGGAGGAUGACUGCGAAGUGGACGCGCUAAAGUUGACUACGGACGCGGAUCUCCGAAAGCAGCAAGAGACGCUAAUGAUGAUGGUGGAGAUGACCUGGGCCAAAAUCAUGAAUUCGACGAGGUAUUUUCCGGCGGAAUUACGGGAAGUUUUCCAGACGCUCAGGGAGCGGCUGACAGCUGCCGGGCGGUCGGAAUUGGCGGAUACGCUGAUUAGUGGGUGUAUAUUCCUGCGGUUUUUAUGUCCGGCUGUGCUCAGUCCCAAUCUGUUCGGGCUGGUGCAGGAAUAUCCGAACCAGAAAAUUGCUAGGAAUUUAACGCUGAUUGCCAAGACUGUCCAGACACUGGCUAAUUUUGCCAAAUUUAACGGCAAGGAGUCAUAUAUGGAAUUCAUGAAUGCUUUUGUUGAACGGGAAAUGCCCUCCAUGCACACGUUCCUUAAAUUGAUUUCGACGCCGAUGCCGAUGAAUCUGGCCAGCAGUGCAUCAGAGAGUGAGGCCCAAGUGGACAUUGGCCGUGAACUAUCCACUUUAGCGACCCUCCUGCGCGAUAGUUUACAACAGGGCAAUCUACUUCAGCAUCGCAACAUACUGAAAAGCCUUCCGGAGAUUCUUGAUAAUUUGACAUUUGAGCUGAGCAACAGCUUCCGCUCAGCGGCGGUCACCGUAAACAGCGAAUCGGCCGUGUAUGCAACAUAUCUUUCUCGUGAAAUACAAGAGCAAUUACUGGCCCGACUGCAAAACAUGCAUUCCACUUGUAAAGAUUGCCAGGAAUCGGCGGCAAAAUUACAAGCAGUUCAGCAUCACCACCACCAUCCACUGGCCGAACGGGCCAGUGCACCGGUCAAUACCGGUCGUAACAACUACCUUCUAGGCUCGAGCCAACGUCCGGCGCGGAACUUAAACACGGCGGACGACUACGUUCUUUUCAGCGCCAUUGGCCAGCAGCGUGGGUCGAAUCUGGAACCUCCAAAUGAAGACAAAACACGCGUAUCACCUGUUAAACUGACGGUGAACGGUGAUUAUGUGGAUCUUAUGCGGAGUGAACAUCACCGUGGUAGUCAGACGAGCAUCAGUCAGAUGUCCAGUGGUUAUCAGUCGUCUUCGCUUCCCGCACACAAUCAGAGCAGUUUGAGCUGCAGUCCGGUGGAGAACGGCAUGGAGAACGGGAAUGUGGUGUAUGUCAAUCAAGCCGUGGUUUCCGCUCGCGCGGAGCAGAAUGGGCGGACUCGCUUGUCAUCCAGUAGUGACAGUGCAGCGUCCAGUAUGUCUACCCCGCCGCGAGAUCGGCGAGGGUUUACCACGGCGCCACGGACAAACCCCCAUUACUCGCAGACAACAGUAAACGGGAAUGUUGUGGGUGGCACUCCGGCCUCGCCGAAACUAGGGAUACGGGCAUUUGGUGAUACGGAAAAGCGGAAGAUGAAGACGAAGAUGAAUGGACAACGCACAUCCACAUCACCCGAUCGAGUUUCCCGUGAAACUGUGGGAAGUGACAGGGAUACAAAACAAUACGAAAUGGAAAUUGAUCAGUUGCGUACGCAGUUGCGCUUCCUCCAGCUUAAACUGCAAGAUGCAGAAAGGAAACUGGCCAAUCAGGAGCAGACUACGGAAAAAGUUAUUUCAGAUUGGAAAGCCCAAGUAGAAGCAGGAGAAGAGCGGAUCAAGAAAGAGCAAGUUGAAAAGGAUCUGCAGAUGAAGAGUAUUGUUGUCCGGCUAAUUAGUGUGGAAGAGGAACUUCGCCGCGAACAAGCGGAAUUGAUGGGCAUGAUGAAGGCCAAACAGAAAGUGAUAGAUGCACAGGAGAAGAAGAUCGAAAGUCUUAAUGCUGCCAAUCAGCGCCUUCUCAAUACUCUGGCCCAACUGAAAGAGAACUCGCCGAUGCGCACGCGCAACGGUUCCGUGCCUGUGUCGGGUGGUCGCACCUCGCCUUAUCCUUCCGGUGGCGUUCGGGAAACUGUGCAUAACAUCAUUAUUGAGCCUAAAGAGACCUUAAAUUUUUUGGAUCUUAAUGAAAUUAAGGAACUGCGCAGUAGUUCUUGUUAAUAUUUGUUUGCUUUUGUCAUUAUUCUUUUGACUUCUUUUGGUCCCGCUGUACAAUGGAUUGUGAUAAUUAUGUAUUAUAACGUCGUGUUGUACAGUUUUGUAUUCCUGAUUUUUUCUCAAAACUUCUUCCUAUG